GGUUGCGUUUUAAAAUUCAAAAUUUUUUAUGGAAAUAAAAUGGGGUGGCCCCCCCCCCCCCCCCUUAACGUAAAAAUAUCUGUGUAAGUGGGAAGCAUCUGGACUUUCAUUACUUAAUCUUGUAUGUAUGUCUGUAGAGAUAAACAAUUGCUUUAACUCCUGACGAUAAAUCGAACUCGUAAGGCACUUUUAGAGAGACAGACAGAAUAGAUUAGUUUUGAUCUCAAAAGAAAGUUAAUAGAAUAAAGUAGAACUCUAAAAUCUUCAGUGAUUAGAAGAACUUCAACGAUGAAUACACAUUAGUCCGAUUUAUAUGAUAGCUCUUGAGCAUACGUUUCGAUCUGAAAGGCUCAGGAUAUGAUAUAUAAUAAAUAAGUUCCAUGGUAUUUAACUUUACAUUAAACAUUUAAAACAUAACUUUACAUAAAACAUUAUCGUGCAUUUAAUUGUCAAAAGACGUGGAGAUCGCGCAUUGAUUUUGAUAUAAUGAAAAAAGUAGCGGUUGAAUAUUAAUCAUAGUAUGUAUUAGUAAGGUGCCGGGAAUGCGAAAUUCACACCGAGUGCAAUACGCAUAAGUCGUUUUUGUAAAUGUAUCAAGUUUUUUUACAUAAGCGAUGAAGUCAAAUGUUUUAUCUCAUUCAACUCAACAUACCAUCAGCUACAAAACUCCGCAUUCUUUUUUUUCCNUUCAAUAAAAUGCUUAUUUUUUAUUCAAAUAAAGUGAAAAUUUUUUUACAUAGGCAAAAACUGAUGAUGAAUCUAAUGGGUAUACUUUUGAGAUCUCUAGAGGGUCUUUAAGGGGUCUCUGGAAAACUUUUCUCCAAAAACCAUAGUUUUUUGUUCUAAUCAGGAUUUAAUCAUUUUUAAUGCAGAAACUGAUUAAUUUUCAUGCUUGGCUAUAUAAUAUAAACGCAUAGAAUUACGUUAGACAAAUAAGAAGACGCAAGGCUAUUGAGAAUUCUAAACCAUAUCUGUUUAUGUUUUUUUAAUAAAAGCCAGUUCAUCUGUUGCGCUUAAUUACUGGCACCCAAGCCACGAAAAAUAAGUAUUCAAAAUAAAUUCUAAACUAAUACACUGUACAACUGAUGUAAAAAAUAUCGAAAGAGAAGUCUGAAGUGUAGCCAGCUCAGUCAAAAAUUUUUAAAGUAAAUGAUAUCUUUUAAUGUUAGGAUACAAUGUAUGAUACAGCAUGACAUAUCGCUGAGUGUUAUUCCAAGUCAGUGAUAUAUCUUUUUUCGGGUUCAUCGUAAGAAAAAGAUACAUCAUGGUACAUCAAUUUUUUCAAACAAAAUGCGAUAUAUCCUUAUAGAUCCUAUAUAACUGAAUACAUCUAGAGUAUGUUCUAUCUAGGAUACGCUACAGCGAAGUAGUUAUAACUACAAAUUAUUCAGCGAAGUACAGGAAAAAAUAUUAAUUAAAAAUAAAUAAUAAUAAUAAGCGGCCUUUCUUUUAAAAACGGCACGUUCCAACGGACAACGGCCAAGUGAUUUUUUUAUAACUCCCACAGUUUUCGUCCAAACCGAAUCAAAUUAACAGAUUACGGGUAAAAAGAUAUGGGGAAUCUAAUAAGAGUCACGUCAGGUCUCUACGAAGUCUCUGGAGUGUCUCAGGAAAACCUUUCUGAAAAAAGCGGUCUUGUAACCACAAACCUGAAUAUUCAAUACGCGUAAGACAUCUUGCGCUCAUCCUCGAAGGAAGCGCGAACAAUUUCGAUUGGUCCGAGCAGCUAGCCAACCGCCAUGCAUGAGGAUGAUUCACUGCUGGGCGGUACACAGAGCAAGCUUUAUGUAAGAACAUUUUUUAAGAAUUGUUUUUGUCACUUAAAAAAAUUUCACUUUUUUCAAAAAUGCCGAAAAAUAAUAAGAGAAAAACCCACUUAAAAACUUUGGAAAUAAAAAAACGCACGAGUUCUAGUUAUUCAGAAAAAUAGUUGGACUCUUCCAGCGAAGACGAGGACCUGAUGUUUCAAAAAACAGGUAAUAUUGAUUUCACUUCGAAAGAUUUGUUGAAUCAUGUAAACGAAGUUAUGGCAUUUUGUAAACAAAACUGCAGUACAAAAUGUUUAAGUGUUCUAUUGUACAUGUCAUUGAGACAUUUCAACAUUCCAUGUCGUGACGUCGAUGUUUUUCUAAGUGAAAUUGGAGGGUACAGAGCUGCAACAGUUCACUCCCUUCUGAAACUUGAUAAUAAAACUUCUCUCUGGAGGAUCUGUCUCAGCACAUUAAAAAAGCUUCGCAUUUAAAACGUUUUGCUAAAACUCACCAUAAUACUAUCUUUGCCUGCGUAACGGGUGUAGGGCUGUGAGAGUUAUCCUUAGUGUUACAGUAACUGUAACUGCUGAACAGUUGACGUUCUUGGUAACGGUAACGGAUAAGCAGUUACCGUACAAGUAAGGAUAAUGACCAGUUACAAGUAACGGUAACUGUUCAGUAUAUCUUUCAACAGUCAAAUCUCUAAAUAUCUAAGUAUCCAGGAUGAGGCCUCACCCUGGUGCAAAACUGGUGCACUUUUUCGCAAAAUUUCGAUUCCGGAAAUCUAAUAUGGCCAGGUUUAGUGAUUAUUAAUGGUAAACCAAGGCAUCCACAGUCUCAAGGGCUUGUUGAGCGUGGAAACGCAACUCUAUGUGAUAUACUGGGAAAGUUUUUGCAUGAUCGAGGGACCGAUCACUGGACUCAAUGUUUGGGUGCUAUUAUAUAUUCAAGGAACACAAGUUUAGCGCGGGGGGUUGACACAGUUCCUUUUGAAAUUGUGUUCGGUCAGAAACCAAGAGUUGAUUUAGCGUUGUGGCAAGAUGAGGAGGAUUUACCAGACACAAUUUCUCAUCAAUUGCCAAGUGAAGGAGAUUUAACAUUUGUCAAUAACCAACCAGCUUCAUCUGCUACAUGUCAUUUAAGUACAUCCAAUAAAACCGAUGAUGCUAUUGAACAGCCACAGUUUGAUAAAUGUAGUCGAACAAAUCUUGGUUCUCAAAAUUCACAACGUAUGUCCAUCAGAGAUAAAGCUGCUGAGGUAUAUUUAGCCAAUGCUAACAAACGAAUAACAGCUCAUAAUCGGUGCGUUCAACACUUAUCUAAAUAUCUAGGUAUCCAGGGUGAGGCCUCACCCGGGAUACCUAGAUAUUUAGAGAUUUGA